GCUGUUGAAAGGGGAGGAAUCAGGGAAAGAUCGCGCUCAUUUUCGCGAAAUUGCAUUUGAUGAGCUUUUCUGCAAAAUCAAUAUUUAGAAGGAGAAAAUGUUGAGGAGAAGGCUCUCCUCUUCCUUAAUCUACUCUGCACAUUGCUAUUCGAUUGCCCGGUGCUUAUCUUUCGAUAAUGGCUGCCUUCGUUCUGAUGCCCCCUCUCUCAUCGCCCGACCUUCUCCUCGCUUCUUCGAUAUCUAUCGGUUUGGCAAUAAAGAGGCCAUCAAGAAGGAGCGCGAGAGACUAUCAGAUGAAAUGAAUAGAGGUUACUUUGCAGACAUGUCUGAGUUAAAAAAACAUGGUGGUAAGAUUGGGAUGGCAAAUAAAACAAUAGUUCCAUCUAUGGUGGCUAAAAAGUUUCCUGCACUGGAUGUCGAGUUCUCAAAUGGUAGAAAGAUAAAGCUACCCAUUGCAUAUGAAGAGAAAGAGUCGAACGCCAAUCAAAUGGCCAUUCCCCAUUCAUCUUUACUAUGCCUUCACUUUCGUGCAAGCUCUCAGGCAAUGAUUGAUUCUUGGAGUAAACCUUUUGAGGAUGCAUUCAGCAAUUCAAGAAAUGUCCAAUUAUAUGAGGUAUCUUUUAUCGACUCUUGGUUCUUAUCAUUGAGCCCAAUUAGAAGUUUACUGCUUAGAACAAUGAGAAAAUCUGAUUUUGAUAGUGAGAAGCAAACCCUUCAGAAGCAGAUGGUUUAUUCUUUUGGUGAUCACUACUAUUUUAGGAAGGAACUUCAAAUUUUGAAUCUUCUCACUGGGUAUAUAUUUUUGUUAGACCGGUUUGGAAGAAUUCGAUGGCAAGGUUUUGGGUUGGCUACACAAGAAGAGGUGACCUCACUUGUUUCAUGUACUUCCCUAUUGUUAGAAGAGAAAUAAGAUCUGUGGGCUCAACCAAUUUGAAGUCGCGUAAAAUAGGAGAGAACUUGAUCCUACCAUCCAACUACGUUCCUUGUUUCAAAUAAUGUACUAACUUUAAAAUUUAUGUAUUAUCUUUUGGGUUGAAUGGUCUGUAUCUUAAUUUUAAAUUGUGAAAAAGCUGAUGAAAGUUGUUUUUUUUUGGCUAA